AUGGCUGCAGCGCACAUGCACAUGCAGCUCCAUGACGCGCCGCCGCACAUUGCGCCUCUCGGUCUGGGAAUGAGCCGCUGCGUCUUCUUCGUCUUCUUCUUCUCUCCUCGUAGGAAAGACAAACCCCUCUCUCAGGCCGCUCUCUCGGUCAGACCCGGGAUGGGCUCUCUCUCCGCCCUAAGGACCCUCCUGGUGCUGGCUCUGGUGGCCGGACUGGCGGGAUGCGCUCCCGGUCUGAACGGCACGGUGGCGGAGCGCUGGGAGGCUCUGUACUCGCGCUCCAUGGCGCGGAUCCCGGGGGAGAAACGGGAGGAGCUGACCCGGGACAGUGACUACCUGCUGGGCAUUAAACGGCUGAGGAGGCUCUACUGUAACGUGGGCAUCGGCUUCCACAUCCAGGUGUUACCGGACGGAAGAAUAACGGGAGUCCACAACGAGAACCGGCACAGUCUGCUGCAGAUCUCUCCGGUGGAGCGAGGCGUGGUGACCCUGCUGGGCGUCCGUAGCGGGCUGUUCGUGGCGAUGAACCGCAGAGGGAAGCUGUAUGGAUCUUCCCACUUCAACAACGAGUGUAAGUUCAGGGAGAAGCUCCUGGCCAACAACUACAACGCCUACGAGUCGGCCGCCUACCCCAGGAUGUACAUCGGCCUGAGCAAGAACGGCAAAACCAAACGAGGGAACCGAGUGUCCCCCGCCAUGACGGUGACACAUUUUUUACCCCGGAUCUAG